GGCGGGCGGGAGCGCGCGAGGUUUGUGGGCGGUUCUGGGCGGGCCCUCACCUGAUCUCUCUGGGAGGCUCCGCCGAGUGUCAAGUUUUCCAGGUCGCCUCAGGUGAGGGGGUCGUACCGGAAGAGGCUGUGCCGCGCGCCUCGGUGUGGAAAGGAAGCCGCGGGAGGAGCUUUCGUAGUUCAAGGGGGCGCGGCACCACUGGGAGGUCUAAGCGGCCCCCGCAGCAGCCAUGGCGAAAGGCAGAAUUGCCGAUAGAUCGCAGACCGAGAUGUUGCACUCGACCCCAGCAGGGGAUCUGACAGCGAGGACGCAGGGUUCCGCCGCGCCUGGUAGCAAAGAUCAUCUGAAAGAAAAGCCGUGUGCAGAAGCUGGAUCAGCAAGGACAUCACUCCUUAUACUGGUGUCUAUUUUUUCAUGUGCAGCUUUUGUUAUGUUUUUGGUAUAUAAAAAUUUUCCUCAGCUUAGUGAGGAAGAGAGGGUGAAUAUGAAGGUUCCCAGAGAUAUGGAUGAUGCCAAGGCUCUCGGAAAAGUUCUCUCCAAAUAUAAGGAUACCUUUUAUGUACAAGUAUUGGUUGCUUAUUUUGCUACAUAUAUUUUUUUGCAAACAUUUGCUAUCCCAGGUUCCAUAUUCCUCAGUAUACUCUCCGGGUUUCUUUAUCCCUUCCCACUUGCCCUAUUCCUUGUUUGUUUGUGCUCAGGACUUGGUGCCUCAUUCUGCUACAUGCUUUCCUACUUAGUCGGAAGACCCGUUGUAUACAAAUACCUAACAGAGAAGGCAGUGAAAUGGUCACAGCAGGUAGAGCGUCAUAGAGAACAUCUUAUUAACUACAUUAUAUUUUUGAGAAUCACACCAUUUCUGCCUAAUUGGUUUAUUAAUAUUACAUCUCCUGUGAUAAAUGUACCAUUGAAAGUGUUUUUUGUUGGCACUUUUCUAGGUGUUGCACCUCCUUCUUUUGUAGCAAUCAAGGCAGGAACAACUCUAUACCAGCUUACAACAGCAGGAGAAGCUGUUUCCUGGAACUCCAUAUUUAUUCUGAUGAUUUUGGCUCUUCUUUCUAUCCUGCCAGCUAUCUUCCAAAAAAAACUAAAGCAGAAGUUUGAGUGAAAAUCAUGGUUUUUUGUUUAUCACCUCCAUCACUCCUGCCACCACCACUGUCAUCUCAGGAUUAGCAGGUGUAUUCAUUUUAUGUUUGGAAAUCACCUCUUCAGUAGCUGAAAGGACUUGUGAAGUAAAAUAUCCCAUGAGAUAGAUAAUGCAUGUAUGGGAGAACAGAAAUUGGUAUGCUAUGAGAAGUGCUGCCAUCUGCAUCUGACCUGAGAGAGAUACGUACACUUUACUGUUCCAGGAUUGGCUCUGAGACAUCAUUCAUAAUGGCUUGGUUUGGAAUUUUUACUCUAAAUGAUUCGUUUAAAGUGUUUUUUUCUUUAUGUCUGACUAAUGACUAAAAUGGUGAACUCAGGUACAGCGGACAUACUUAUAACCCCAACUGCUCAGGAGACUAAGGCCAGAGUAUUGCUAGUUUAUGAACAUCACAAGACACCCUGUAUAAAGUAAAAUAAGGAACAGUGAAAUUAAAUAAAAUAAAAAUUCAGAGCACAAACUGAAUACUUGAAGCAAAAGUGAGUUUUUCAUGUUCUUUCUCUUUUCAGACAGCACUUUCCAUAGGUGAGUAAAUAUAGCAAGGAUGAGUUAUUUAAGUUUUCCUUAGAAAUUUGUAUCAUGGAUUAGUCUGAUAAUUUGAAUUCUGGCCAGUCUGCUUUCAUCUUUUUUUCUAGGUUUUACAGUAUUUUCACCAUACAUAUAGAAAAGGAAAAUUAUAUAUCUGUAUCAUAUUGGUGUUGAUAAUGUAUAUUAAGAUAAUGAUAUUUUGUUACAGUGUCUUUAUUAUCUCAAAAGGGGUUCUAAAAGUAAAUACUCGAAGCAUAUUCUUUUUAGACAUUAUUUUAUACUGAAACAACUAACAGUAGGACAUUAAUGAUUAAAUCUAGUUUAUUUGUUCCAGUGACUGUAAAAUUUGCCUCAUAGUUUUGUUGCUCAUUAAAGGAUGUAUGUAAUUUAAUUUCAUGCAUGACACAUCUGCAGCUGCUCUGUUGCCUUCCCUCUGAUGACCUCCUUUGGGGCAGCACUUGGCUAGUACACUUUCCCAGCUGUAAAGCUUCUACUCUCUCACCUUGACAUGGUGACUGGUGUCUCCACCAUUUCUUUGAAGAGACUCCUUUUGGCUGCUCUUGUUCCUUGCCAGGACAGAACCAUCUAAAGCACUAAGAUCCCAGUUGGUAUGUUGAACAGUUGCUUUAGUGGAGUGGGAAGUCCUUGUGUUGUUAUUCUUCAAAGUCUGAUCAUCUCAAAGCCUGUUUCUCCUGCAAAAUGUAGACUAAUCCUUUUCUGUCACAGUAUUAACAUGUGGAAAUAUUACAAAUACAAGGAAGAUAAUACUGAU